ACAUAUGAAGACGGAGGCCGCACCAGAGGUUCAAGGACAUGACCGCACGGCGUAUACUCCAUCUCGACAAUGUCUCUCCCUCCGCCUCCCGCUGACCUGGAUCUGAACGAGUCUAGGGUUUCAGAGAUGACAGGCGCCCUCGCCGCGACCUGGGCAUUAGCCACCAUUGCGGAUGCUCGCGACGGUUCCGUGACGCCCGACGAGUCUAGGGCAGGCACCAUCAGUUGCGUGUUGCACGGCCGUGACAGAGUGACGGAAACCCAACCAGCCAAGUGCAUCGGCCCGAAUGAAUGCCAUUUUAAGUUAGAGACGAGCCGCGGAAAUGCGAACCGUACUCCCUCGUGCUUCUUGCCGACGACCUCGACAAGUUCACCCGCAGCUGUCAAACGACUUGAGAACCUCGUUAUCGAGGGUGAGCCGGCGGCGCUACCAUCGGUCGAACAGGAAUUGCGCGACGCGCAGCUCGUUUCCCUACCCACGCAAGAAGAGUGCCUGACCAAAGCGACGACGCUUAAGGCCACAGGCAAUGAGGCAAUUGAGCAGGAUGAUUACCAUAAAGCCCUCAAAAUUUAUAGAGAGGCACUGGAAGCGAUAUACUAUAUCGUCACGGGCCGGGAGCAUUACAUAUACACCGACAUGACGGCACUAUUUGGCCCCCCCAUACAGGAGCCCCGGUUCGACCUGAAUUGGGACAAUAAGAGACUGAGACUGUCCCGUGAACUUCUGGCAGACAUAUGUCGCGUAUUUCUCAAGCUGGAGGACUGGAAUCAAUUAAUUGUAUGGGGUACGCAGACUAUCUCACCAAUGGGUGGAGUUAUCAUCGACAUGGCCGGUGCUGAAUCCAUUGGGGAGAUCUACUACCUUACUGCGUUGGGUCACAAGGCGCUUGGAAAGGACGACGAGGCUGUGAGACUACUUGAAGUCGCGAAGUUGUAUCUUCCACGUGAUAUCUCUAUUGGGGCAUACGACUUAGAGUGA